AUGUUAGAGGGGCCGGAGAUUUCUCCCCCUGGAAAUUUUGAAAUUCUGGCUGGCAUAGUGGCUCUGUGGUCUUUGGCUAUUCUGGCCUUUGCGUUUUUUGUCAUCUGCCGACCCCUAAAGAAUGUGCGCCUCGGGGUCAAGCAUGCUGGUCUGGGGCUCCUGUUCGUCUGGACCUUCUCAUUCAUCUGGACCAUCCCGCCGGUGCUAGGCUGGAACAGCUACACGGUCAGCAAGAUUGGAACCACCUGUGAACCCAACUGGUACUCCACGGAAUACUCAGACCACACGUACAUUAUCACCUUCUUCACAACCUGUUUCAUCCUGCCCCUGGGACUAAUCAUCGGCUCUUAUGGCAAACUCAUGCAGAAGCUCCGAAAGGUGUCCAACACCCAUGGGACACUGGGCCACACCAGGAAGCCCACCCGGGAGGUGGCACGCAUGGUCAUCGUCAUGAUUGCCGCGUACUUGAUCAGCUGGACACCCUACGCGGCAUUCUCCAUCACAGUCACCGGCUGCCCCACCAUCUACAUCGACCCCAGGCUGUCCGCGGCACCCGCUUUCUUUGCCAAGACCACCGCCGUCUACAACCCCAUCAUCUAUGUGUUCAUGAACAAGCAGAGCCACCGCCACCAGGGUCACAGGGUCAGCGGAUUCUCAGAACUUAAAGCGGUGAGAUAA